UAACUGAAAAUCAUCUCGAUCAUUUUCAUCUUUAAGUUAAUCAACUUAAAUCGUGAUUACAAUUGUAAAUAUCGAUAAUAAGAAAAAGCAAUAAGGUUAAUCAUGUUAUUAACUUUGCUAAUUACUUCAAAAACGAGUUAGAUUUUUAAAAAAUUAACCAAAAUCUUAAACCAAUCAGAGAGAUUUGAAUGACUGUUAUUAACUUUUGGACUUUUGGUCAGUUGAGUGGACAUUUGCUCUCAUUAUAUUUCAACUGCUUUACUACCCACGUGUUUAGUUUGACUUUCAUUAUCUACAAAUCAGUUAAUUGUGUAUUUUUUAUUAAUUGUUAAUUAAUCAAUGGAUAAAUUUGUUGAAUUGGUUGAGAAUUGGGUCAAGUUAUCAAAGGAUUUUGACCAUUUAAUUUCACCCACAUUGAUUGAAAACUUUACCGAAACAGUUAAAACUUUCAAGGAGAAAUCAAUUGAUUGUGAUUCAAAGAGGAAAAUUAUCCAAGUUUUAUUACAAUUCAUGUAUCAAAGUCUUCAGGUUCUAGUGGAAAAUGGUGCAAUUAAAAAUGGUUCGUUACUCGAACAAUUUGAAAAAUCAGUCAAUGAUUAUAUGAAUUGUGAACUAGAGUACGAGCAUCGUCAGGCCAUUGUGGCCUUAAACACGGAAAACCAAUUGGAGUGUCACAUUUGCGGUGCAGUUUCAACUAAAUACGCCAAAUUGAAGCGACAUUAUCUUAAAGUACAUAAGCUGAGUGGCGAUGUUUUAAAUUGUAAGAAAAUGAAAUUAUCUUGA